CUCCCGGCCGUUGAUUUGUAUGGGAACCGGGACUAAGGUGGGACGAGCCGACUGGAUGUAGUCGCUGUGUUUUGAAGACAGAAAUAAGGCCCACGUUUUCCCGUUUGUAGCGAUCGGACAGCAGCACUUGAGAUUUCUAACACCAGACUGUCUGAGGAUACUGAGAGCAGUUUCCAGAAGAAGGUGGAUUCUCCUCUCAGCCAUCUUGACUGCUGCUCGCCGCCCUGAAGGCUGUUUUCUCUCCUCCUCCUCCUCCUCCUCCUCCUCCUCAGCUGAAAGUAAACACGGCUUGCACAUUGCUUGCAACUCCGUGCAAGAUCCUGAGAGAAGCGAGAUGGGCUCGCUGCGCGAGAUCUAACCGGACCAGAGGCAAAAGCAAGACGACUGGGAGGAUUUAUUGCUGUUGGUACCAGAGCAGAAGAGGGGGACACGACGCGCCGGAGGGAUGGACCUGUUUGGGAUUUACCUGCUCCUCUCACUCGCUCUCCUGCCCCGAUCCAGCUGCACCACGGCCAAGGAGAUCACCUGCCAGGAGAUAGCCGUGCCCCUGUGUAAGGGGAUCGGCUACAACUACACCUACAUGCCUAACCAGUUCAAUCACGACACGCAGGACGAGGCUGGACUGGAGGUGCACCAGUUUUGGCCUUUGGUUGAGAUUCAGUGUUCACCGGACCUGAAGUUCUUCUUGUGCAGCAUGUACACCCCGAUCUGCCUGGAGGACUAUAAAAAACCUCUCCCGCCGUGCCGGAGCGUGUGUGAGAGAGCCCGUGCCGGCUGUGCGCCUCUCAUGAGGCAGUACGGCUUCCCCUGGCCGGACAGGAUGAAGUGCGACCUGCUGCCGGUGCAAGGCAACCCCGACACUCUGUGCAUGGACUACAACAGAACCGACUCCACCACGGUCUCCCCUGUCCUCUCCAAACCCACCAACCAUCCCGGUAAGGGUUACAAUCCACCCAAAAAUAAGCCUAGCCGCCCCGGCGCGCCUGGGAAAUACAAGCCGCCCGCCGCCCCGUGUGAGCCGGGGUGCAAGUGUUUGGAGCCCAUGGUGCCGGUGAACACGGACCGUCACCCGCUCUACAACCGUGUCAAAACGGGUCAGAUCACCAACUGCGCCAUGCCGUGCCACAACCCCUAUUUUACGCACGACGAGAGAGCAUUCACCGCCUUUUGGAUAGGACUUUGGUCCGUGUUGUGCUUCGUGUCAACUUUUGCCACCGUCGCCACUUUCCUCAUCGACAUGGAGCGGUUCAAGUAUCCAGAGAGACCCAUCAUCUUCCUCUCAGCUUGUUACAUGUUUGUGUCAGUCGGUUACAUUGUCAGACUGAUCGCGGGACACGAGAAAGUGGCGUGCAACCGGGAGUUCGACCUGGAGCACAUCCACUAUGAGACCACGGGCCCCGCGCUCUGCACCGUGGUCUUCCUCCUUAUUUACUUUUUCGGCAUGGCCAGCUCCAUCUGGUGGGUCAUCCUGUCUCUGACCUGGUUCCUCGCAGCCGGGAUGAAGUGGGGCAACGAGGCGAUUGCAAGUUACUCCCAGUACUUCCACCUGGCCGCGUGGCUCAUACCCAGCAUGAAGUCCAUCGCGGUCCUGGCGCUGAGCUCCGUUGACGGGGACUCGGUCGCUGGCAUCUGUUACGUGGGAAACCAGAAUCUGGACAACCUACGCGGCUUCGUCCUCGCCCCUUUGGUGAUUUAUUUAUUUAUAGGCACUAUGUUCCUCCUGGCCGGAUUUGUGUCCCUGUUCAGGAUCCGCAGCGUCAUCAAACAAGGUGGCACCAAAACCGACAAACUAGAGAAGCUGAUGAUUAGAAUAGGCAUCUUCACGGUGCUCUACACGGUGCCAGCCACCAUCAUAGUCGCCUGUUACUUUUAUGAGCAGCACAACAGGCAGAGCUGGGAGAUCACACACAACUGCUCCAACUGUUUAUUAGAGAGGGACCGCAGGAGCCCGGACUACGCCGUUUUUAUGUUGAAGUACUUUAUGUGCCUUCUGGUGGGCAUCACGUCCGGAGUGUGGAUCUGGUCCGGUAAAACUUUGGACUCCUGGAGGACUUUCUGCACCAGGUGCUGCUGGGGCAGUAAAGGCACCAGCGGCUCCAUGUACAGCGACGUGAGCACCGGACUGACGUGGAGGUCAGGCACGGCCAGCUCCGUGUCUUGCCCCAAGCAGAUGCCAUUGUCCCAGGUUUGAAUGGGGGUGGGGUUGGGGGGGGGGUGGCAAGCUUAUGAGGACUGCUAAUUGUUUGAGAGAUAACCCAUCACUCCCCGUCUUAAGCAAUUUGCAUAGUAAUGAACUGCUGCUGAGGUGUCCCGCCUCACUCUCCCCAAACAUCCACACACACGCACACACACACACACCUCUGUGGAGAGAGCUGGUUGAAACAUUCACACAGGUUAAUUCCUCCCUGUUUAUAUGUAUUAGAGGUACAGACUGAGGCUUUUAAGCAAACUGGGCAUUACUUGCUGUAGGCAGAGAGACAGUUUUGUUCCUAACCAGCUUCAUACAAAGAGCAUUUGGGUUUUUAUUGCCAUUUUAUCUACAUAGUGCCAGAUAACAUUGUAUAAUCCAAUCACAUCAAAGAUGGUUUAAAUUAAGCCUUAAUAGUGCCCAAGUAUUUUACGGGUCAUUCGUUUUGUAAUUUGAAAUGUAUUUAUAUAAAAGCUUUGUAAAAACGUGUACAUUUGUGUAUAAAAGAAACCUUUAUAAGCUAUUGUAAAUUUGUACAAAGUGUAGAUGUCUCUUUUUUUGUGAGAAAGCAAAUAUGACCUCUAUUUUGACAAUAAAAUAUUUGAUAAAUCUCA